AUGGGAAACGAGGUAUCUGCGCUGUAUUUGGUUCUAAGUGUCUUGGGGUCAGUUCCCUUUCUGUUUGUGCUGAUCCAAUUUCUGCGCCACAAAUUCCAACAUUCAUGGGUUGUGGAGGAGCCGAGGACCCUGACAGUUCCUGAUAGUGAAGUGACAAAGAAUGAAGUGAAGGCCUCGGUAUUUGACAUUCCAGCUCCGGAAGUGAAAUCCGACACUCUGAUUGAAAUCCCAACUCAACCACUGCCAAUCAACAUUUAUGGGACCGGUUCCCAGAUAUCCCAGCCUGACGCACCAGUCUCCAUGCCCCUCAGCGGAAGAACUUUGUAUCAGAUCAUCAACGUGGUGCCGGUGCGGAGGUGGAAGGAACUGAUGCGUUUGCUGGAGCUGAAGGAGUGCGAGAUGGAACGGAUCGAGAUGGACGUGGCCUACUCCAGAGAACGGCAGUAUGAGAUGCUCCGACACUGGAGCCAACGACAGACGGCCUCCAUGGAGUCCCUGUACCAGGCCUUGGAGAUCAUGAACUUGACUGGACUAGGAGAGGAACUGAAAACCAACCUGCUCAACCACUCCAACUCUCUCCAUUGAUCGAAGGUUGACACAAAUGCUGGAGUAACUCAGCGGGACAGGCAGCAUCUCUGGCUAGAUGGAACGGGUGACAUUUCGGGUCGAGACCCUUCUUUCUCCCCAUUAAUCCCCUGCCCAUUGCAAUAUUUGGAUACCACAGAUUAUGAUGUCAAGUCCACUGUCCUAGAAAGACAACACCAAAAGUGAUCAACGUGAGGUCUAGCUUGUCCCUGCAGCCGAGAAUUAUUGGUAAAACCUGAAUUAUAGGGCAUGGUUUUAGUAAUUUACUUGCAUGACAGUAGAGGAAUCUGGGAUCAGUAGAUUCCCAAUCCUGGACAAGAUCCAUGGUGUACCCAAGGGCUAACCUGGAGGCAAGUCAUCUGAGCUGAGGGCUACUGAUUCAGAGGACUUGGUCAGCUCCAGGGGCUCUGAUUAACAUAUAAGAUUGUUAAGGGCUUGGACACG